AUGAGUACCUCGCGAUGCAUGAACAGCUUGGCGAGGCAAGCUCCGAAAGCCCUGCGGAAGACGAACCCAAGAGCACGAUUUGCCGGACAGCAACACCGAACAAUAUCUCGAGAUGCAACACGGUCAGCCCAAGCAUUCGCAGCACAACCUAUCCACGACGAUACACCUGCCGGAUCGUCAAUCUCUAAUCCGCAGUUGUCCUUCCCCUGCCUCGAUAGCCAAGAAGACCGUACGAGACAGCUAAACACGAAACGAUCAUUGUCAGGCCCAGAACCUUCCUACACAGCUGGCAAGACUGAGGUCUUCCACUCCACGGAGCCUUUCUUACUCGAUUGGGGAGGUGUGUUGUCUGAAUUUGACAUUGCAUGGGAAGGAUGGGGCACGCUGAACGCGGACAAGAGCAAUGCAAUUCUGUUACAUACCGGUCUAUCCGCCAGCAGUCAUGCCCACAGCACAGAAGCCAACCCGAGGCCAGGCUGGUGGGAGAAGUUCAUCGGGCCGGGCGCCCCUCUUGAUACAGACAAGUACUUCAUAAUAUGCACCAAUGUGCUGGGUGGAUGCUACGGCAGCACUGGGCCGAGCAGCAAAGAUCCCAUCAGUGGAGAGCACUACGGCACCAGCUUUCCAAUCUUGACAAUGCAGGACAUGGUACGUGCGCAAUUCAGGCUGCUAGACGCGAUGGGUAUCGACAAGCUGUAUGCGAGUGUUGGAUGCAGCAUGGGCGGCAUGCAGUCUUUGGCUGCGGGCGUGUUGGACAGCGAGCGAGUUGGCAAGAUCGUGUCGGUCUCGGGUUGUGCUAGGAGCCAUCCCUACAGUAUCGCUAUGCGACACACUCAGCGGCAGGUGCUCAUGAACGAUCCAAACUGGGCGAACACGCGGGGAAACUACUACAAAGCCAUCCCACCACACACCGGCAUGAAGCUGGCACGCGAGAUCGCUACCAUUACCUAUCGAUCUGGUCCCGAGUGGGAGAAGCGAUUCGGUAGACAACGUGCAGAUGCUAGCAAGCCACCGGCACUUUGUCCAGACUUCCUCAUCGAGACGUACCUUGACCACGCCGGCGAGAAGUGGUGUCUCGAGUACGAUGCGAACAGUUUACUAUACGUCAGCAAAGCCAUGGACCUCUUCGACCUGGGAGCGCAGCUACAAGAAGCCACCGCUGAAAGACGCAAAUCGCACGCCGACAGACUUCAAGGCGCAUUCCUCGAACAAGCCAAGGAGGAUCGCUGCACAUUGAGCCUGCCAGAUGAGCCUUAUCAGGAACAGGAGUCUUCAGCAGACAUGAUGGCGGCGAAUCUGUCAUCCUCUCACCAGCCCACACAGUCGUCAGCGCCUCCCGAAGAUCUCAUCAAGGGUCUGGUGCCGCUACGUGACAUUCCUACGCUCGUGCUGGGCGUAGCGUCAGACAUUCUGUUCCCAGCAUGGCAGCAGCAUGAAAUUGCAGAAACGCUGAGGCGUGUCGGCAAUCGCAGUGUGACUCACGUUGAACUCGGGGAAGAUCGAUCAUUGUUUGGACACGAUACGUUCUUGCUUGAUCUGGAGGGCGUUGGGGGCGAGAUCAAACGAUUCCUGGGCUAG